AUGAAGUCGUUCGGGAUUCUGAAUACCCUCGAGCCUCCAGUCACCCCACGAGACGCUCUAGGAUUGAACCAGCACAAGCACGUGGACGAACUGAGGAGCAUAAAGCCAGCGAUCCACGAGGGUACAGGGGCCUCGAGAGAAUGGUCGUUCGAUUUUGAUGAAGUCUCCUCGGACUCGGACUCGGACUCGAGUGAGGGCAACAUCUCAGACACGCCUCGCACGACGAUCGUGGAGGAAGAGGAGAUCAGUUCUGCAAGAUCGAAGAGAGACGAGCACGGAAGAAUGGUUGUCGAUGCCACAGAACUCGCAGCAAACAGACAUCCAGGCUUGGAGCUCUCAAAGAGGAGGGGAGUGGAGAUGAGCAGAAGGCAUGGCGGAAUCGAAACUACUUCUAUGAUGUCCCAUCCUAUCGAUGCCUCCACCAACAACACGCGAGAGGUCUGA